CGUGUGGUGUGCUGCUUCCCAUUUACCGGCGGAAAGGGACUCAGGGCCUUGUAGACUUCUCGGAGAAUUCCAUCUCCAACCUGGCCAACAAUAGCAACUAUUUGUGGGUGCCGUUUAUUUUCAUGUGGCUGAUCUCGUUCCUGCUGAUGUAUAUUCUGCACGUCAACUACAACAAACACCAGCAGAUGCACUACCAUUGGCUACAAUCCGGACAACCCCACGGCUACACCGUCGUGGUGCAGAGUGUUCCUGAACUCGAUCGCAACGACGACUCUCUCAGCAAGACGUUCAAUUUCAUCUUCCCUGGAUCG